AAAAAUUGCAGGAAUACCACGAAAUCUAUGGAGACACCUACCAAAUUAGAUUGGGACCGAAAAAGAUGAUUAUUUCAAGAGAUCCAAAAGUGACCGAAGCCAUUGUAACAAAUCCAAAAUUUGAAAAAUCCAGUUCCAAAAUUAUGUUAAAACCUUGGAUAGGAGACAGUUUGAUCAUUUCUGAGGGAGAAAAGUGGUUUAAGAUGCGAAAAUUGUGCACGCCAGCGUUUCAUUUUCAAAUAUUAGAGAGAUUUAUCCCGAUCUACGAAGAACAAACGAAAGUAUUGAUUGAAAUUCUCAAGAAGGAAAUGAAUACCAUGAAUGGAGUCGAUAUUUUUCCAAAAUUGCAUCUUUUGACACUGGAUAUCAUUGCGGAAACUUCGAUGGGUGCCAAAGUGAACGCCCAGUUGGAUUCACAUCAUCCAUUUAUUAAAGCUAAUGAAAGACUGAUUGGAAUGUUCGAUAAAAGGCUAUUCAAUGGUUUUCUGGCUGUCGAAUGGGUUUUCAGAAUGACAUCUUUGUACAAAAUUCAAGAAGAAAGUAUAAAAUUUGUUAACGAUUUUGUAGAUAAAGUCAUUCAAGAAAGACACGAUAAGCUAUUAAAAGACAAAAGCAAUUUAGUUGAAACUGAAGAAUCGGGCACUAAAAAACGUCCUGCUCUCUUAGACAUCCUGCUACAAGCGAAAAUUGAUGGAAACCCACUUUCCAACGAUGACAUUUCAGCUGAAGUUAAAACCUUCAUGUUCGCUGGACACGAAACCACUGCCAACUCGUUAUCUUUUACGCUAUAUCUUCUCGCCAAAAACCCAGAAGUGCAAGAUAAAGUUUAUCACGAGAUAAAAACAAACAUCAAAAGCGAUCAUUUAACAUCAAGAGAUCUCAAUUCCUUAUCUUACCUAGACAAUGUCUGCAAAGAAUCACUUAGAUUAUUUCCUCCGGCAUUUUUGAUCGUCAAGCAGUCGGUCGAGGAUUUACGCGUCGGCGAUUUACUGAUUCCGAAAAACACAUCGAUUGCAACGAAUAUUUACAGUGGUCAUCGUAUGGAAAAAUAUUUUGAAGACCCGGAAGUUUUCAAUCCAGAUCGAUUUGACAAGGAAUUUUCCAAUGAAGAGAGAAAUUCGUACAUUUUUCAACCAUUUUCCGCUGGUUUAAGAAAUUGCAUCGGACAAAGGUUCGCCAUGUUAGAGAUGAAAACGAUUUUGGUGAAACUUAUUGCAGAAUUUCAAUGCGAAUUGGUAGACGAAAAUUUUGAAGUGGAUGUGAUACACAUGGGAAUACUUAGACCCAAAAAUGGAGUUCCAUUGAAAUUUAUUGAGAGAAAUUCGUAAAAAGUGAAGUUUUGAGAUGAAUUUCAUUCAAAAAAUUGUGUUCUCGUGAAUUUUAAGGAAAAGUUGU